GCGUCUGUUUUCGAAUGCAUGUUGUACCCAUCAAGGUCUCCCAGUUGAUGAGUUUUAACUCAAGACGAUAGGGAUCGGAUCCAAUGAGUCGGGCGCCGAGUUCGGCACCGCCAUUCCGGGAACUUGGGUUCGUUCACACCCCAUGCCAACAAUCAACCCGCUGACCGGACCAGGGUAUCGAUUACAUCUUCCCGGAUACUUCCGCCAUCGCGACCCUCGUCAGCAAGGGGAUGAAUAUCUUCCGCGUGCAGUUCAUGAUGGAAAGAUUGGUUCCGGACUCGAUGACAGGCUCGUAUGACGAGGCAUACCUAAACAAUCUCACGACGGUGGUGGACGCAAUCACGGCUGCGGGUGUCCAUGCCAUCGUAGACCCUCACAAUUACGGACGAUACAACAACGAGAUCAUCUCCAGCACCGCGGACUUCCAGACCUUCUGGCAGAACCUCGCCGGGCAGUUCAAGGAGAACGACCUGGUCAUCUUCGAUACGAACAACGAAUACAACACCAUGGACCAAACCCUGGUGCUGAACCUCAACCAGGCGGCGAUCGACGGCAUCCGGGCGGCUGGCGCCACCUCCCAGUACAUCUUCGCGGAGGGCAACUCGUGGUCCGGGGCGUGGACCUGGGCGGACAUCAACGACAACAUGAAGGGGCUGACCGACCCGCAGGACAAGCUCGUCUACGAAAUGCACCAGUACCUCGACUCGGACGGGUCGGGGACGUCCGGCGUCUGCGUGUCGGAGACGAUCGGCGCGGAGCGCCUGCAGGCCGCCACGCAGUGGCUGAAGGACAACGGGAAGGUGGGCAUCAUAGGGGAGUAUGCCGGCGGAGCCAACGACGUCUGUCGCACGGCCAUCGCGGGGAUGCUGGAGUACAUGGCCAACAACACGGACGUGUGGAAGGGCGCGGUCUGGUGGGCGGCUGGGCCGUGGUGGGCGGAUUACAUGUUCAGCAUGGAGCCGCCCAGCGGCCCGGCUUAUAGCGGAAUGCUGGACGUUCUGGAGCCGUAUCUGGGGUGAGCUUGCGUGGUGUGGAGGACGAGGUGCAGUACAUUUCGUUGGAUGUUCUUGGCGUUGACCUGCUAAUGGUUAUGUAAGGACUGACAUCAUAGACAAGAGCUAUACUCCGUACUGAUGGUCUGUCCCUGUCAGCCUUACUGCGAGGAUGCUCUAGCCUGGCUCGAUGGAAAAGUUGAGCUUUGCUGGUUCUUUUGACUCUUCAGUGUGAAUACAGAGUAUGUGUGUGUAGUUCCACGGUUCGAAUUGAGGGAGUGCCCAGAAUAGAAGCCAAUAUACCAGGACUGAGACAGCCAACGUAAGCUUCCCGGUGACAGCCAAAGUCUG